UCACUGCCGUCUUUGCUGGACUGGGUGCUCUCCGAACUCACCGGGAGGGCAGGUCGGGGAAUGCUCCUCCGACGACCACCGUCAACCUGGGUGUUUAAGGAGCGGAUCGGUGUUGUGAAAUGCUUGCAAUCAUGCUUUUUUUUUUCCUACCUUUUUUAUUUGAAGUUAUCCCGCCGCGAAACUCCCGGUCGACUUCAUGGAUGAUACGACUUUUUGAUACCCUUGCCGUGGCGGGAUGUGUUACGAUGAACGUGCCUACUCUGGCGCUAAUUAAUGCCGCGCGACUCGCGAACAGCCCAAGAAAUCAGUUUACUUUUGUCUGGAAUCAUUCAAGUGAAAGACCCGUAACUGUCUUAUGCUUGUUUGAAUCCAAUUUUAACUGCUGGACUGAAAAAGAACUCUUCUUUCUCCACAUGACAUGAAGUAGUAUGAUAGUACGAUAUGUAGUAGAUCGGUAGUCUUGUUUCUCUG